AUGUGUACUCACGCGCAAAAUUCGGUGGGUCCGGUGGGUCAGGUGGCUCCGGCGGCACCAAGCGGUUCACGGGCGCCGGACCAGUCAUCCACGAACGUCGAGCUGGAGCUUGAGUUGUCAUCGCAAUGGAGUGGAGCGGGGAGACAAACAUCGGGGACUCACACGCGCACGUCGUCGCCGGAGUUAGGGGAGCUCACCGGAAACUCGACGGAGGGUAAGCUCAUUGGCUUCCUCGGGAAGAGUGCCAGGGAGCGUUUACCUUUUUAA